UCUUCUUCUUCUUCUUCAAAUUUGGACAGACCCGCGUUCGAUCCACGCGCGUACAAUCCACGCUCCCCCAGCCGCUAUAUAUAACUCUGAUGAUUAUUAUUAUAUAUAUAUAUAUAUAUACAUAAACAUAUAUAGCCCUCCACCCCACCCUCUUCUCUCUCUUUCCAUCUGCUCCUGUAAUUAUUCCCUUCCUCUCAUCUCUUCGUAUAAACCCUAAUCUCCCCUCCAAUUGGGGCCGAAUUGGGCAAUCGCGAUGAGGAGGGGCACCAAGAGAAUGCGGACCAAGCCAGAGGAUUCCAAACCCGCCGAGGAGACGAGGAAAGACUCGAGCAAAGCUGGUGCAAGAGCCAAGGGAGUCAAAGCUUCGAAGCCUCAAUCCGACCCCGAGUUCUUCCCCGACAAGCGUAAUCUGGAGGACUUGUGGCAACAGGUUUUUCCAGUUGGGACUGAGUGGGAUCAGUUAGACCAGGUCUAUCAGUACAAGUGGAAUUUCUCAAAUCUAGAAAAUGCAUUUGAAGAGGGUGGAGAACUUCAUGGGCAGAAAGUCUACCUUUUUGGCUGUACUGAGCCUCAAUUGGUCUUUUUCAAGGGUGAAGGAAAAGUCACCUGCAUACCUGUUGUAGUUGCUGUUGUGUCUCCUUUUCCACCAUCAGAUAAGAUUGGGAUUAACUCCGUUCAAAGGGAGGCAGAGGAAAUUGUGCCCAUGAAGCAGAUGAAGAUGGAUUGGGUUCCGUAUAUUCCCUUGGAAAAUAGAGAUUCUCAAGUUGAAAGACUUAAAUCACAAAUUUUUAUUCUUAGCUGCACACAAAGAAGGGCUGGUUUAAGACAUUUGAAGUUGGACCGUGUCAAGAAAUUCGAGUACUGCUUACCUUAUUUCUAUCAGCCCUUCAAGGAAGAUGAGCUUGAACAGAGCACCAUUGUGGAAAUCAUAUUUCCAGCUGAACAAAAACCGUCUCAAAUGAGGUUUACCAAGCAGUUGUGCUCAUUCGUAUUUGAAUUCACUGAUAAGCUCAUUGAAGAGGAAGAGUUGUCUGAAGAUCAAAAAGAUGCUUUCAAGGAUUUUGUGAAAGAGAAGGUUCGAGAGGCAAAAAAAGCCAAUCGUGAGGCAAGGGAAGCAAGGAAGAAAGCGCUAGAAGAAAUGAGUGAUGAAACAAAGGCAGCAUUCCAAAAUAUGCAGUUUUACAAGUUCUAUCCGGUCUCAACACCUGAUUCUCCUGAUGUAUCCAAUGUUAAGUCUCCCUUCAUAAACAGGUAUUACGGAAAAGCCCAUAAAGUUAUGUGAGCGGAGAUAGAUCAUAGAUGGUUAAGAUGCAGAUAGUUGUAAGCAGCUUGUAUCUUCAGCUCGUUUUGGCUGUGCCACAAGAAGCUAAACCCUAGAUGCCAAAUAUUUGUGUUGAGGGAAUGACAGGCCAGCCACGAGCUUCUUCAUUUUUGGUGAGUCUUGGAAUGGCGGAAAGAGAAAAGGAAAGAAACAAUUGACAAAUUAGGUGGCCUGCCUGCCUGCCUGCCUGCUUCUGUAAUGUGGAAUGUACUUGUAGGAUACAAAUGAUUAUUGGUGAGAGCCUUCCAGUCGAUUAGGCGGCUUCAUUUGCUGGGAAUUAGUAUUUUCUCUUUAGUUUAAUCUCUCUUUGGUCAUUUUUAUUUCAUUUACUUCAUUUUUUAUUUAUAUUUUCUCUUUAUUGCCCAGAAAAAUACAACACUUUUGUAACACCUGAAUUCGCUUCUCUCUCGUUAAUCCUCAUGAAUGCCAGAACAAUUGUACACAUUUAGAUGUUAAGGGGAGUAUAUGUUUGUCUCUUAAUAUAUACUCUCUAUAAAUAUAUAUUGACAAUCCAAUAGGGUUUGUCUUAUAACAACAAUAA